AUGAGCGAUCGGCUCCAGUUUACCAUCGUGCACGUGGCUGAACGGAGAAAAUUUAAGAUUACUGUCAGAGUAGAGGACGUCCCCAAUGUUCGAGUUCGGAUGCUGAAGAAGAGCAUUUUUCAGGCUACAGGAAUACCUGUUGACUGCCAAGCUCUGUACCUGAAUAAGCAGCUCCUUUCGGACCGCAUGACUGGCAGCGAGCUCGAGCUAUCGCCAGAAACUACUUUUGUCCUUCACACAUCGACCCCAGCCCAAGAAGAACAGUUGGACAUAAGAGAUCAGGACAACCCGACGGAUGGGGCUGCAUAUGGAGAUGAAAAAAGCAAGAGCAGAGGUAGGAGUAGAAGCAGAAGCAGGAGCAGAAGUAGGGGUAAAGGACAGACCUCUCACUCAAACAGAAGAGAUACAUUUGGAGCCCCGCUAUUCGAAGGUCAUAAUGGAACUAUUGAUGGCUACCAUCCAAAGUCUAUGAAUCCACCCAUCAAUGAACUCAAUACUACUGCUGAAAACCUUUCUUCUCCAAACGUCAUUAAUGCUCACAUGGCGAGUAGAGAUGCAACACUGCAGUCUGCAGCUACCCGGCACUUCACAAUCCCCACCAAAGACUGCACAAGAUCUAGUCCAAGAAUCCAACGAGGUAGUACAGACAAGAGAUCUACCACUCAGAGUAUUGGUCUGUGCAACAGCUCCACCUCAUCUCUACGCGAUGACUCAGUGAAGAGUAUUGUUGUGAAGGCAGCAGGGCGUAGCUCUAGCCAGCAGAAGACAUGCAAGACAUCAUCAACCCGCUCAGUUAUCAAAUCGUCUUACUUCGAGCCACCCGUGAGCUACCCCAAAAUGCAGAGUGCAAAAUCCACCAAGAAGAGAAGUCAGCCACAAAAGCCGCAGACUCCUCAAAAGUCUCCCCACCAGUCUGGUGCUGUUACGGUUUCUCCCAGAAAGCGCCUUUCUAAUAGCAAUUACGAACCCUGUCCCCCCAAGGGAGAAUCUUACUCUCCCACUGAUUCUCCGCCCCUGAUUCCGGCUACUAAUCAUUAUACAAAGACAAAGGAACUUACCACGAGUCGUAUUUCUUUGACUGACUUGCACGGGAGUGAUCGGAUGUAUGCGUCCACUCAGCCAGAAUUUCCGGCAAAAACAACAAAGAUAACUGUGCCCCAGCCAUCUGUAGUCGACCUGCAACUGCAUCAAUCAAUUCUGAGUGCAUCUAAAGGGGGUCUCCUUGAAAAGCCUGAGUUGACACCACAUGCACGAUUAGCUGACAGUGAGAUGGAAGAGACCACUGCAGAGAGCAAAGUGGCAAAUGACAGUGACUAUCCCUCAUUUACCGAGGACGAUAUUGAGCUAUUACGACAAAUGAAUGAUGAUUCGCGCGCUGAUAUACAACUAGUGGAAAAUAUAUCAGUACAAAAUAUGACAAGAGACCAUGCCUCACAGAAGCAACCUCAUCUAACUGAGGAGCUUGCACUAGUUUCGGAAUUACAGGAGCAGGUUACCUUAAUCAAGCAGGAGAUGGACACUAUUAAGAGAACUAUUGCCUCUACUCCCACUAGCAAUGCAGUAGUUGAUGAGUCUGUAUUGUCGGCACAUACGCUACAGGGAUCUAAGAAGCUCUGUAACCAAUUUCAAGAAGCACCCAUGUCUGAUUGGAGCCUGUUCAAACACAAGUACGAUGAGGAGUUAGCUGCACUGAAGUUAGAGGUAGAACAGUUGAGAAAUGCACGCGACUUGGCCAGAAGCUCAAGCAACACUGCCACACACCAGCCACCGCCAACGUCAGAGUCUCACCUUGACACAACCAAAGCCACCAGAGAUACAUUCGGUACUCUCACUACAGACGAGAGCAUCGAGUUGGAUGUCAAUGAUGUAGCACGACGAUCAUCCAAUACGACACCAACAACUAUCAGACCUAGGCAGAGUGACGGGCCCCCACGUCCACCGUCUGCUAAGGUUCUUGGGAUCACCAAGUCCCAACAGAAUUCAUCACUCCUUGCUAUCCAGACCAUUAAACAGCAAAUAGAAGCCGAGCGAGCAGAGCUAACAGAGAUUCUUCAGAACCUGGAGGUAUACUCUCUCAUGGACACGUUUUUCGACAUUGAAAUCGAGAUAGCAAACAUAGAGCAUAGUAAUAUGACACAAGCCUUAGAAGAAUCAAGAACCAGUCUUGCCGAUAUUCAGAACAAGCUGUCUUACGCCCUCUCCAAGACGCCAACCUUCACACCAGAUGUGCGGAAAAGCGCAGAAAUAAGUUUGGACUACGGUAUGUUUCAACGGGAAUACACCAGAUUGCAGGGAUUGAUGGUUGUAGAAAACAAACAACGAAAAACCUUACACAACACUCUCGAAGAGAUGAAAGGAAGCAUAAGAGUAAUUGUGCGCAUGCGUCCGAUGUUGCAGCAUGAAAAGGAAGAGCUAAAGACAUCGAAAUUCAGAUCCUUUAAUUAUCGCAACGCCUUCAUUUUUAAGGAUGAGCAUACGCUGCAGCUCAAGCUUCCGUAUGGCGUGGCUUCUCAAGAGAAUUAUAGUUUUGACUUCUAUAAGAUUCUAGACGAAACAAAGACCCAGGAGGAUGUAUUUCAUGACAUGUCCCACCUUCUAAAGUCGGUUAUUGACGGCUAUAAUGUCUGUGUAUUGGCAUAUGGCUGCACGGGGAGCGGAAAGACAUUUACGCUCAUAGGAGACGACUCUGAAACGGCUGUUGCUGAGAGUGUUGUGAUGUCCAUGCAAAAGGAUCCUGAGGAGAAAAAUCCAUAUGAAAGGCUUGGACUUUUGCCUCGCUCGAUUGUAGAACUAUUCAAUCUUAUUGAGGCUGACACAUCCCAAUCCCAACGAUAUGAACUCAGAUGUGCGAUGAUUGAGCACUACCUUGAUAAUAUCCUUGACCUGCUGCAUACAGAGGAUGACACCCGGACACAGCUUCCGAGCUUCAACUCUGAUAAACUGGUCGUUCGACAAACCGCUAAGGGGGAAACAUACAUACAAAAUCUCUCUUACAAGACUGUGGCAAGCGCAGAGGAGCUAGUCGGCUAUCUCGGGUACGGCCUUGAAAGGAGGCAUAUUGCGGCAACAAAGCUCAACUCUCUGUCUUCUCGUUCACAUACUGUGUUCUUAAUCGAGAUUACCUCAUACCGCGAAACAGCAAAAGGAACCAGAACUGCACGCUCGGUACUGACAUUUGCUGACCUGGCUGGCAGUGAGAAUGUAACAAAAUCCCACAGUAAUGGGCUACGUCUUAAGGAGGCCCAGCACAUUAACACGUCUCUUUGUGCACUCGGGGAUGUCAUUGCAGCCCUUUCGAGGAAGAAAGUUGCAAGCUAUGUACCGUACAGAAAUAACAAGCUAACGAUGAUCCUUCAGCAGUCGCUCGGCAAUAAUAGCAAGACGCUUCUGUUUGCAAAUAUAUCUCCGCUUCCAAAUUUACUCUAUGAGACUCUCUCAACACUUUCAUUUGCUGCCCGAGUGAAGAAUGUCAAAAAUGUGGCUGUGAAGAAUCUCACAAGCAUCGAAAGCGACCAAUAA